GUCGCCGGCCGACGGUCACGCAAAGACAUUUCGCUCGCCCGCUCCUCCUGCAGAAAACAAGUCAAGUCAUGCUAGUAACAAGGACUCUUACAAGGACUGCUCCAUCGAGAGCUCGGUGGGGCCUGCAGCGCUCUUUUGCAACUACUCUGCCUGCCAGAAAGGUCGUCUCGACCAAUCCCGUAAAAGCUCAGCAGGUCAAGUCCUCGGCAAAAUAUCCGCUCAUUGAACACGAAUACGAUGCCAUUGUCGUUGGCGCAGGUGGUGCUGGUCUUCGAGCUGCGUUCGGGCUAGCAGAGGCUGGCCUCAACACAGCGUGCAUCACCAAACUUUUCCCAACUCGAAGUCAUACUGUGGCUGCUCAAGGCGGUAUCAAUGCUGCACUAGGUAACAUGACGGAGGACAAUUGGAGAUGGCAUAUGUACGAUACGGUCAAAGGCUCGGACUGGCUUGGUGACCAGGACGCAAUCCACUAUAUGUGUCGAGAAGCACCGAGAUCAGUGAUCGAACUCGAACACUACGGUGUCCCUUUCUCUCGGACAAAGGAGGGUAAAAUUUACCAGCGUGCCUUCGGUGGUCAGUCCUUGAACUAUGGCAAGGGUGGUCAGGCAUACCGCUGUGCAGCAGCCGCUGACCGCACCGGACACGCUCUCCUUCACACUCUCUAUGGUCAAUCUCUUCGUCACAACACAAACUUCUUUAUCGAGUACUUUGCACUGGACUUGAUUAUGGAGGACGGCGAAUGUGUUGGUGUCAUGGCAUUAAACAUGGAGGACGGUACCCUUCAUCGUUUCCGUGCGCACAAGACCGUUUUGGCCACUGGCGGUUAUGGACGAGCCUACUUCAGCUGUACAAGUGCGCAUACCUGCUCCGGCGACGGUAAUGCCAUGGUAGCCCGCGCUGGCCUCCCUCUGCAGGACCUGGAGUUUGUCCAGUUCCACCCCACAGGUAUUUACGGUGCUGGCUGUCUCAUCACCGAAGGUUCUCGUGGUGAGGGUGGAUAUCUGCUGAACUCGGCGGGUGAGCGUUUCAUGGAACGAUACGCUCCUACUGCCAAGGAUCUUGCCUCACGUGACGUGGUUUCUCGCUCCAUGACCGUCGAAAUUCGCGAGGGUCGUGGUGUGGGACCAGAGAAGGACCACAUUUAUCUGCAGCUCAGUCACUUGCCCGCUGAGGUCCUCCAUGAGCGCCUGCCUGGUAUCUCAGAAACAGCCGCCAUUUUUGCGGGCGUCGAUGUCACCAAGGAACCAAUCCCUGUCUUGCCCACAGUACAUUACAACAUGGGUGGUAUCCCUACAAGGUAUACCGGUGAAGUUCUUACCGUUGACGAGAACGGCAAGGACAAGAUUGUUCCCGGUCUUUAUGCUGCCGGUGAGGCCGCAUCUGUGUCCGUCCACGGUGCCAACCGUCUGGGUGCGAAUUCACUUUUGGAUAUCGUCGUUUUUGGCCGUGCAUGUGCAAACCACAUCAAGGAGAACCUUACGCCGGGAAAGCCUCACAAGAAGAUUCCUGAUGAGGCUGGCGUUGAAAGCAUCGAGUUCUUGGAUAAGAUCCGCAAUGCAGACGGUCCCAAGUCGACGGCGUCCAUCCGGUUGGACAUGCAGAAAGGGAUGCAGACUGAUGCAGCUGUUUUCCGUACUCAGGGGACUUUGGAUGAAGGUGUUGAGAAGUUGCGUACCAUCUACAAGUCUUUCGAUGAGGUUGGAGUCAAAGACAGGAGUAUGAUUUGGAAUUCUGACCUUGUCGAAACCUUUGAGCUCCGCAAUAUCCUCCAGUGUGCCGUUCAGACUAUCACUGCUGCUGCCGCACGCAAAGAAUCUCGCGGUGCUCAUGCCCGUGAGGACUACCCUGAUCGUGACGACGAGAACUGGAUGAAGCACACGCUCACGUGGCAGCACGAUGUCAACUCGCCAGAUGUGACCAUCAAGUACCGCGACGUUAUCAACAAGACCCUUGACGAGAACGAGUGCAAGCCCGUCCCGCCGAUGAAGCGCACUUACUAAACGAUUUCUCUUCGGGUUCGUUCUUGGGUUAGCAUUGAGCUCAGUGUCCCGUCUGCGUGGGCGGGACGGUUGGAUCGUAGUAACUAUUUCUGUUGUCUUUACGGAACCUCUUCAAGCUCGAAAAGAAGGCGCUAAUCCUGCCGUCCACCCUCCCUGGGGUGUGUUUAGUAUCCUGCCAUC